AUGGCUCGCUUCACGCUCGUCCUGACACUCUUGCUGUCUCUUGUCCUGGCCUUUGUCUCGGCCCCAUCCUGCCAGGCAGCCCCCGCAGAGUCUGUCGGUCUGACGCAAGACCAAGACAAGGUUCGCCUAGCGUUCCGCAAUGCUUCCGGCAACGGCCCAAACGUAGCGCAGCUACAGUCGGACUUUUUGUCGGUCAUCAACACCAAGCAAAAUCCCAAAUUUGCUUCCCCUGUGCUCUUUAGCGUAGCGCAUGCCCGCAUCGCAUCUGCGCUGUCCAGGAUCGUUCGCGUCUCUACCAAGGACGACUUUGAGAUUCGUCACGAGGUCGAGGCAAAGGCGAUUCUGAACGAAUUCAACCCUCACCCUUACAACGAUCUUGCCGAUGUCUUGACUGGCGACGAGGUCAAGACGACCGUCGAAAAGUCAAAUGACAAGACGCUUGCUCGAGCCAUUGCGCUCCAAUUCACCGCGCUGCAGGUUCUUUGGGCCAACGCUUACGUCGCCUUUUCCAGCGAGACAGUUGGCAAAAAAGAGGCACAGGACAGUUUCAACAACCGUUACUACGCCAUCCAAGACAGCUUGACCAAGAUCAUCAACAUCUACAACAAGUGA